AGAUUACCGUGAUAGCUAUAAAGAGAUGCAGUCGUCACUCUGAAAUAGCUUAAAUAGAUCAAAAGCACAGUUUCCGACCAAAUUCAGAGAAAAAUCGUUGGCAAAAAGAAGAAUAAGAGAGUCAAGGUGACAUUUCAAAUGGAGGAGGUUGUGAUCGUCGGAGCCGGCAUCGCAGGCCUAGCGACGGCGGUGGCCCUGAAGAAAGUCGGCGUGCAAGCAUUGGUGCUCGAGAGAUCGGAGGGGCUGAGAGCCACCGGCGCGGCCUUAAGCCUCUUCCCCAAUGCCUGGCGCGCGCUCGACGCGCUCGGGGUUUCGGAGAAGCUCACCUCCCUUUACCCUCCGUUUUCCAAGGGUUACGUAACCGAUGUGAAGACCAAAGCCAUUCAGGAAGUGCGUUAUGAUGCAAGCAAAGGGAGUGGAGGUGAACAAAGAACGGUACACCGGAAGAUCUUAUUAGAGGCAUUGGCGGAGGAAUUGCCUCCAAAUACUAUCCGUUUCUCUUCAAAGCUCACUUCCAUUGAUACCCUAGUGGAGCAAGGCUCGUCAAUUUGUAUCCUCGCGCUGGAAGACGGAACCAUCAUCAAGUCCAAGGUUGUCAUCGGAUGUGAUGGAGUGCAUUCUAGGAUAGCGCGUUGGUUAGGACUCAGCGAGCCAGUUGAUUCAGGCCGGUCCGCAAUUCGUGGGAUUGCCGUGUACCCACAAGGCCAUGGGUUGAACCAUGAGGUUCAGCAAUUCGUGGAUGUCUCGAAGAGGGGUGGUUUUAUUCCUCUCAACGACAAGGAGGUCUACUGGUUCUUGGCCUGCAAAGCUCCUCCAAAAGGUGCGGACAUGGGAGGAGAUCCAAAUUUACUAGUAAGAGAAGUGGCUGACAACUUAGCCAAAGACUUUUCUCCCUUGUACCUCGACAUCGUCGGCCACUCCGACUUUUCCACCUUGACGUGGGCUCCGUUUAUGUUUCGUUACCCGUGGGACGUCGUCCUCGGGAACCUGACCCGCGCGAACAUCACGGUGGCCGGAGACGCCAUGCACCCCAUGACGCCGGACUUGGGCCAAGGUGGGUGCUUGGCACUCGAGGAUGCGGUCGUGCUGGGCCGGCACAUCGGAAGCUCGGUUUCCCAACGGGGCGAACUCGAGACGCGUGAUGUCGGGUUCGCCCUCGAGAGGUACGUCAGGGAGAGGAGGUGGAGGGCGGCGAUGUUGAUCGCGGCAUCAUAUUUAUCGGGGUGGGUUCAGCAGGAUGGGUCUAGUUGGUGGAUGAAGUUCCUGAGAGACGUCGUAUUCUACAAGUUUCUGUUGGGAAAAGCCGUUAGUGCUACUAGGUACGACUGCGGCAAACUUUGCUAAUGUCUCUAAUUUGCCUUCUAUUCGUUCGAAAAUCGCCGACAGCGAUCGUCGACUAGGCAAAAUAUUAUAUGAAGUAGCAGACUGACCAUUUCCGAAGUCUCACUGCAGUCGUCGUACUUGAUUGAGAGACGAUUACAAACAAUAAAGGAACAAGAACUCGGCUCCAGCGUAUGGGUUCAUUACAAAGCGGACAGAGAUAUUACUAAUGCAGCAUUUAUUUUGCAAAUUAUUCAGAUAUUUAGCAUAUCUAUGUGUAUCUUGUACAUCGCCGAAUUUGUGUUCAGAUUCGUGACAUGAUAUAUCGUAGUGGAGGUUUUUCCUUUUUUCUUUGAUUUGAGGCCAAUAAAUAGACCAUGGUUGUAAUAUUGAAGUUAAGAAAUUCAAUUGUUUCAUUUUUCUU